UCGGGCUCCCCUCACCUCGCCCUCUUCCUCGCCUUUCUCUUUCCCCUAAACGCCGCCGACGCUGCGCCCUGUCCGUCCGCACCCCCCUCCCAUCCUCCCUUCCUCAUCUCGGGCUGAACGAGCGAAUCUCGUGUCGGGAGGAUUUCUUUGUGGCGUGGAGAAGACGCAGCGCGGCCGACGCGGCGCCUCAUCCUUUCCGUGAGGUUCUUGACCUUAAAGUCAAUUGGUCUAAAGGCAAUAUUGAGGUGACGAUGUCCCAGGAAACCCCGACCGUCAACGGGAGUGUGGAGGGCACCGCUCCGAACGCCGACGAAAUGACGUCCAAGGACUACUACUUCGACUCCUACGCCCACUUCGGCAUCCACGAGGAGAUGCUGAAGGAUGAGGUGCGGACGAGGACUUACCGUAACGCCAUGUACCACAACCGCCACCUCUUCAAGGACAAGGUGGUUCUGGACGUAGGCAGCGGCACGGGCAUCCUCUGCAUGUUCGCCGCAAAGGCUGGGGCCAAGAAAGUCUUUGGGAUCGAGUGCUCCAACAUUGCAGACUAUUCACAGCAGAUCAUCAAAGCCAACAACUUGGAUUCAGUGAUAACGAUUGUGAAGGGCAAGGUGGAGGAGGUGGAGCUGCUGGUUGACAAGGUGGACAUCAUCAUCAGCGAGUGGAUGGGAUACUGCCUGCUCUACGAAUCCAUGCUCAACACCGUCAUCUGUGCCCGCGACAAGUGGCUGAAACCGGGCGGCGCCAUCUUCCCCGACCGCGCCUCCCUCUUCCUCACCGCCAUCGAGGACCGCCAGUACAAAGAGAACAAAAUCAACUGGUGGGAGGACGUGUACGGCUUCGACAUGUCCUGCAUCCGCGACGUGGCCAUCCAGGAGCCGCUGGUGGACGUGGUGGAGCCCAAGCAGGUGGUCACCAACUCCUGCCUCGUCAAGGAGGUGGACAUCUACACGGUGAAGGUGGACGACCUGACCUUCACGUCGCCCUUCUGCCUGCAAGUGCGGCGCGCCGACUACGUGCACGCGCUGGUGGCGUACUUCACCGUCGAGUUCACGCGCUGCCACAAGCGCACCGGCUUCUCCACAGCGCCCGACGCCCCGUACACCCACUGGAAGCAAACGGUGUUCUACCUGAAGGAGGACUGCCUGACGGUGAAGCCCGGGGAAGAGAUCUAUGGCACCAUCUCCCUGCGCCCCAAUGCCAAGAACAACCGAGACCUGGACUUCACCAUCGACGUGGAGUUCAAGGGUCAGCUGUGCGAGGUGUCAUCGUCCCAGGAGUACCGCAUGCGCUGAGGAGUGGGGGGGGGGUGGUGUGUGGGGGGGGGGCGGGAGGGUUAGACGCACGCAAAACAAAAAGUGAAACGGGAAAAUAAACUUAAAAAUAAAGAAAAAUACCUCCGUACCAUCGCCAAAAUUUACCUUCAGUCCCGCUUUCAUGCGGCAGGAGGGAAAAGCAACAGUUUUGAAAUGUGUUGUGUCGUUGAAUGCUACGAUUUUCAACCAAUCCGAGGAGGCAGCAGCAGAUGGAUUGGCAGGCACACCGCUGGGGGCGUGUGCGUGGGUGUGGCGCGUUCUUCGGCGAUGCGUUUUGAGUACCUUCAGUGAAAGCAUUGAUACCUUUACAUUUUUGUUUUCAGUCGGCCGAUUGUCCCUGGUUAAUCGUGGCACAGGAGAGCCACCUUAUUCCUGUCUUCAGUAUUUUCGGUACUCGACCAGUACGUCCACCGCCCCCCCCCCCCUCCCCAACCUAUUUUGGAAUGCAUUUCUGACGGGCGAGCGUGUUCAGCGCUCGGGAGUGCAUACGGACGGCCAUUGAAGCACCGUGUGUGUGUACAAUGUAGUGUAUUGUGGUGUCUGUAUUUUAAUGUUUUGUUCUGCAUUGAUAAACUAUGGAAUUUCCGUCGUUGUAUCAGAAUACUCAUCGUUUUAGUUUUUUAUAUAUAAAAAAACAGCUUCCGUUUGAAUUGGUGCGCAGGUUUUUUGUUUUUUUGUCGUUCCCAUUCAUUACGCGGAGUUUAAUUAUUUUGUACAGUUCAACGUUUAAUAUGGUGGUGGGGAGGGGGGGGGGGGAGCCUUUUAAAGGUGGCAGAAAUGUUUGAGCUCGUGGAGGAGAAACAGCUGUUGCUGUCGCUUCUCCCCGUAUUGCGUUUAACCCCUUUUUCCACUGCACCAAUCGAGCCGUGCCCAGCCAGUCCGGCGUGGGUCGAGAGCAUCGCCAGUUUCCCCCCGCCCCCGCUGCAGAACCAGAACUGUGGCCCGCUGACGCUGCACGCAGUAAACUUCGGUUGCGUCAGUCUUGUACCGAACGACACAACCUGUGAUGCAACUUCGCGCUGGGCCACAUUGCGGCGUCUUGCGAGGCCGUAGUUUGGCGGUUUGGUUAGAGCUCGGCGUGGCAAAUAGCCGGCGGUAAAAUUGCCCGUGAGGUGAUGGCAUCGCCGCGCUGGCACGGCUUGAAUGUGUCGGUGGAAAAGGGCUGGUAAUGGAGACUGGAUGCGCUGGGCGCUGUUCCGUAUCGCGUGCUUCGGUAUCGCGCUGAGAGUGCGGCGAGCCUGCGAUUCACUACAGCUCGACGACUUGCACUGCAGUAUUUCUCCUCUGCGGGGGGUUAAGGCUACGUGGGACGUACUUGCACGCGCGUGUCCUCCCUUGACUGCCCCGGGACUUUGUGCGAUGAAGGCACGGCCAUUGAGAGCGCCCUGCCGCGGUGGCCCCGUUGCGAUUGUCCCCUCGGAAUCCGUUUGGGAUAGCACGCGGCUCUACGCUUGACUGUUCGAUUUUCUGUCGAGUUGGCUUUAGUUUUUUUUUAUAUAUACAACACAGGCUCUAAACCUGCCUUGUGUACGAUUAAGCAAGGCAAUCCCCCGGUGGCACAUUCAUUCCACGUGGUUUCCCGUAAAGGGCUUUCCAGUUGACACUCUGGGCUCUUGUCACCAGGCCCUGUCCAUUACGAGGGGAGCACUGUGGACUUUUGUGCAUGGCCGGUUCAGUGACCAGACGGUUCAACUUGCCAUGGUUAUGUUUUGUUGUGGGUGAAAUGGCCUGCUAGUUUAGCCUCGCUGGGGAAGGCGGUGGUGGGGGGAGGGGGGUAAUAAACGUCAUUUUUAAUCCUUCCAAAAGCAUGCUGUGCAAAAAUAUCUAAAGAGAAUGUGAAGGUAGGUUAAAGUUGGUGCGAUGGAAGGUCUCGUGUGUGAUUGUCGUAAGCCAAGGCAGCCCUCUGGUCCGAGUUGCACAGCCUUUGGUUUGAUGACCCUGUGGUCGCUCCAUCUCGGCUGCCCCGUCCGUACAGCAGCUGGAACCGGUGCGGUCCCGAAUGAGUAAACCUCUGCGCUUUAGCCCGACGCAGGUGCCGUUUUAACCCAUUUAUGGAUGACUUUGUGAUAUUGUUUUUGUACAAGGAUCCCAAUUGCCGAGGUUGAAAAGCAAGCACAUUUUUUAAUAUCCCCUGCGGCUCUCAUGUGUUGGGUUUUCCCGCGCAUUGAUCGACAUCAGGUUCCUCAACGGUUUGCUCUGCGUGCUUGGAGCUUCAUAGUUGAAGCGACGAAAAAUCGGACAUGGUGCCAACCAAACGCAAUUACAACCCGUACAACACAUCGGAUAGCACACCCGUGAAAACCUGUCGUUUAAGACUCUACCUGGAAAUAUUUGUGCACUCUCGUAUACGGGAUGCACUAACUCCAAGCGUGGAUUCAUGAAAACCUUUAAUAAACAUUACAUUGAAAAAGUACUAACAUUUCUGUUGUGAAUGGAAAUCCAUACGUUUCUUAACUAUUUCGAACGUUCUAAGAUUGUAAGGUCCCAAAGUAUGUUUAUUAGAGUAAAAAAUCUGCACGCAGCCCAACAUUGCAUUUUAUCGAUGAACGUCCAUUUGUGGGUCCAUCCUGUGCGCGUCGGCCGGUGUCUGUGAAGGCGGCGGUGGUGUAGUCCACGCCGCAGGCGAUGCCUCGCCGACGAGACGAUUCUCUCCACCACCGUGUGCGUUUCUCCACUUUCAGGAAAACUUUCUCGAGCUCGGUUUUCUCCGCAGCGCGACGAGUCUGCUCCAUCGAUGCCGUUAUACCUCCCCAAUGAUGUGUUUGUUCGUCAACGGCGGUGACGCUUGAGCCAAGUGGCCUUUUCCUGUUGCCUGGUCCGAGUUUGUACGGUUGCCAUGUGUUGUUGUUUAACUGCAACGCGCUAAGCAGGAAAAUCAAGCGAUGGUCGCGCCACCACUCAUGCGAUCUUAAUCCGGUGGUUGUUGGUGUUUUGAUACGUUCGGUCGGUGUGUUCCAUUGGAUAAAUGGCUUUGGUUAAGUGACAAUUGCAAUAUGGCUUUCAUCAAUGUUGGUAUAAGGUUCGACAGGCUACGACCAAUGGAAAGUGUUCAAAAGGGUUGCUGGAGGCGACAGUGUCCUUCGUGUGUAUUAGUUUGAACAUAAAAAAGCUAACUCCAAUCGGUGAAAAUACACCAAAAUAAAGUGUUGAAUGGUAAAACAUUUAAUGAAAGGGGCAGCGUUUUCAAAACUUAAGGUUGAGGUAAAGCAAUGCGUGAGCUAAUGGUUCCGUGAAGUGGAUCGACCUUCCAAAUAAUUUUAAACAGUUUUGGGAAAAAGAUGUUAUUUUAAAAGCUCCCUCCUGAAACGGCUGCCGUCCAAUUUACCUGAAGGUUGCUGUGGCAACUGUGAACCACGGGAGAGAACGCCCCUUACAAUUUGACCAUUAAAUGGUAAUAUUUUAAAACAUGAAAUGCUUAAACAAUUGUGUCCCCCUAUAUAUGGGUACAACUUGCAUAAAUGGGUUAAAAGUGCUGCCACGUGUGUGGCCGGAAACAGUUUUUAAAGUUGCGUCACCUUUCCCUGAAACUGCGUUGCAUUUUGUGCGGUAGUGUUUUUUGUAUUUUUUUCCUCCCUACCCGUCCCGUAGCUUUGUUUCUAUUUAACUGCAGCUGCGAUAAGUCUACAAAGUCCGCCACGUGCCGUGCAGUGGACUUGCCCUGUGUCCACGUUCCCCAUUCAUUCGUGUGUUCAGCUGCUGUUUUUAAAGUUUAUUUUUUAUUGUACUUAUUGUGAGGGUGCAACUAGUCUGGACAAUAAAGCUGAGAGCCUCCGUUGCAAA